AUGCACUUCAACAUCCUUGCGGUAGUAACAUUGCUCUUCCUUACGGGAACUAGCAUGGCAAGCGAUUGCGAGGUGUAUGCGAAUCUCUAUUGUGAAAAUCAGGGCGGAGCGCACCCCAUGGCAACUCCGUAUAGGUGUUUGCCUACAGCGGAUGAUCCUCGUAGUGUGAAAGGUCCGUCGAAUAACUGGUGCCGGUACGUCAACGGUGUAAGCCAGACAAAAUGGUAUUGCGUAAGUUUUCAUGCUUUUUUUUAA